UAGGACAUUAUCUGUGAAACUAAAAGUAUUAAUAGAUCAUUUUUUUAAAUAAUGAUUUUAAAAUUGAACUGAGCAUUUUAUAGCAGUUAUAAAUGUAUUGAUCUAAGGACAAAACAUGGAAUUAAAAUUAGCAUUUAUUAACCAGUGUUUGGUAUCCUAGGAGGGAUACAAUCUUCCUGCACGAAUUUGUCGACAAGAUAAAGAGCCACUUCAAAGUGGAAAAUUAAUACACAGUGAUUUAUUAAGAUUGUGUAGUCUGCUGAUUUGAGACUCUAAUGGAUGACUACUAUAUGAAUGGACUACUCAGUGAAACAGACAGGAUCCUUCCAGUGCAUACUCAAAGACCUGGUCAUGAUGGUCAGCUACAAAGAUUACACCUACAGAGAAUGCAGGAUAAAACCUACGAUUCAGAGGAUGACGAUUCUGACAUGGACAACUUUGAUUUGGAUGACUCAGAUACUAUUUUACAAUUGAACCCAGCACAUGGACAGACUGUAGCACUGUGGUCAUUCAUGAAGUUAGAUAGUAUAGCUGUGUUCCCUCCUGACCAAAAUCUGGUAGGAAAUAUCAUAGAAUAUGCAGAAAAACACUUUGGUUUCCUUCGAUUUCAACACCAACUGAUGUUACUUAGUCCAGGACAACUAUCCCCUGUUAGUCUGAACAGUGUAUACAGUAUAAGACCUGGUUCAGUUGUCAUGGUGAUGCCAGAAGAAAAUGCAAUUGUGACAAUUGAAAUUGGACAACUAAAAACAAGCUUUGAAUUAAAUCUGGAUUUAUCAAUGACCGUCCAAAAACUUAAAACAAAUAUACGAAAGAGGAAAGGAAUUCCUAUAGAAAGACAAGAAAUUCUGUAUUCGAACCGAGCUCUAGAAAAUGAUAAACGAUUAUUUGAAUAUCGCAUUAAAAAUAGGUCAAUACUUCAUGUCAUGAUUCAAGCACAUUUUGAUUUAUUGAUAAAUGUAGAGACAUUCUGGGGUAAGACUUAUCGUUUCUACCUUGACCCUUGCAGUACAGGUACAGAUAUUGUUUAUGCAGUAUUUAAUAGAGCUUUCAGUGCUAAUGGUCCAGAAGAUGCUGGGCUGCAUGAACUUUAUGUCCCACUUCAUGUUCUAGUCCUACAAUAUCAAAACAAGCUAGUCAACUGGGAUUACUGUAUAGCAUACCUAAGCAUACAUACGGGUGAGAAACUAGUCCUAUCAACGGUCGGGCAUCAAAGUCAUAUUCAAUUAGAGACUGUCAAUGUUGUUACUGAAUCUGGAGAGAAAUAUGACAUCACUGUGUCCCAGUAUGACCGUUGGUCAGUUCUUGCCUUCAUGCUCCAUGGUCUGACCAAUGUCCCUGUAGAUCUUAUCAGACUUUAUAAAGAUGGAAAAAGAGCAGACUUUUCAUCAACAAUUGGACAAAUUGAAAGACAUCAAAUAAUUGUAAUGAAUGUUGUCAUGACACAUAUAGAUAGGGACCUUGUAUUUGGAGUGCCACUUAAAAUCAGCAUUGGGCAUGGAAUACUAGAAAAUGUAAGAAUAUCCGCUAACAAAACUAUUAGAAAAUUAAAACGUAAACUUGAAAGAAUGGGAGUACCUAAUGCUUCAUUAUAUGAACUGACAAUUGGCAAUCAAAAACUAUCUAACAAUCAUAAAAUAAUGGAUCUGGUCUUUGACCUCUCAAUUCCAUUGGUGCUAAAAUUAGAAACUUAUCCUGUUUUUGCUCAUGCUCCAGAUGGAGUUAUAUAUAAGACAUAUCUAAGAUCUGAUCAAACAAUUGCAAGCUUUAAACACAAGAUUGAGCUGAAAACAGGCUACUCUUUAAAAUCAAGUCAUUUAAUUGUAGCUGGAAGACCCAUUCCUGACCAUCCAAAGAAUAUCUUAUAUGAGUGUGGAAUAAGCUGUCGUAAUUCUAUCUUCUUCCAUCCAGCAAAUGACUUUGAUGCAUUCUUUAUCUUAGGAAAUAAAUGGCUUGAAAAAAUUAAGAUUCCACUUCACAAUCCGUCAUCAACAGAUAUUCGUAAUGCAGUGUGGAAUACUAGAAAGUUACCAGAGGGAAGUCUUAAUUGUGUUCUAACAAUAUUAUAUUGGAUAUUCAUGCCGAAAAUAGCUGCAGCAAAUAUGUCUACAGUAAGGACAAAAAUAAAGAAAAGAAUGCCUGUUGCAAGAGAAACGCUUUAUGAACUUAAAAAACAAGGAAAACUUCAAUUUUUAGAGAAAGAACUUCUGGGAAAACAAGAUAAACCAAGAGCUGUAUAUUCUUCUCCAAUUCCAGGUGCUGACUUCAAAAGGCCACUAGACGGUGCAAAAAUCUAUCACCAUAUAAAGACUAACAAUAUUCCCAAAUUUGAACCUGACCAGAUUAUAGAUCUUAAUGAAAAACUUGAAAGUGGCAGAAAGGUUAAACGCCAUCCAAAAACAGGAUUGCCUCAGAUCUACGAUUCACCAAGAUCCACAAUACCACCUUGGAUGAAAAACAUUCAGACAAGAAAUCAAACCAAUAGAUUAACUCUGGCAAAUGUAGAGGGUGGUCCCAAUGGAAUGGACGGCGUACAUGUGUCGAAAAUUCAACAAAUUCAUAAAAAAAUAGGUUCCAAACUAAAUGAUCCUAACGUUGGACAUAAAUCACAUAGACAAGAUUAUAGUAAUAAUUUCAGUAAGCGUAAUAGAUUUAUGUAUGAUUAUCAACAUUUUGAUUAUGUAGCCAGUGAAGAUGGUCACGGUGUUAAAUCUGCGUCAACUUUUCCUCAUAAGUUUUUACCAAAACUUAUCCAUUAAGUUAAUUCAAGGAAAUUUAAAAAGAUGACACAGUCCUUCAUCAAACAAAAUUAAAAGUAAAAAUACACAUAUA